AGCUUCAGAAUGUCAUGCAGCUGUAUGCAGAUGUCAUGAUGCACUUGCGCUGAGUUACAGGCAAUUAACCAUGCUGAGCCAUGUUUGAUAAUUUGGGACAUUUUAAAAAAUGCAUUAAAAAAAAGCAUAUGUACAUGAACUAACUUUAUGUUUAGUUUUUUUUUUUAGCUUAUUUGUUACAGUAGUACAUCUUAUGUAUAUAUGCCUAAUAAAUAUGUAUAAUAUAUUAGUCAUGACAAUUUUAUAAACUUAUGAAUAAAAUAGCCCAAGCAUGUUUCCUUUUUUUGGGGUGAGCUUCCUGUUUGAUGCUUACUACAUCCCCUUAGAUGAUGUCAUGUGAAUGAAGUGACAUUAUUUCUAUGAAGCAGUUCCACUGAAAGGGAUCAGUAGCAUUAUUUUUGACUUGGACUUGGACCAGGCCAGAAAAUAAAUUAAAAAAAAAAAAAGUUUACCUGAUUGGGUAAUUCAAAAAAGGUAUUCGACCUUCUUUUCAUCCUUGUGUAAAUUAAGAUGUGACAAUAAAUCUAAAUCUACACUGACAUUAUUCCUACAACAAUAAAAAAAAAAAGAUAUAAUGGAUGAAAGUAACAAACUAAACAAUUUGUUUGGGUGCCGCUGUUAUUAAGGCAGACAUGUCCUAGCUUACUAUUUUUGCCGGUUAUCUUUUCCUCAGGAAGCUCAGAGAGACAGGCACCUCCCAUCACACUCCCAGUCUCCCCACCACCACCGCUAGAUCACACUCUAUAUAUGCAAUGCUGAGAAAGACUCUAUUCAACAUGUUCAACACUAUAACAACUACUUCUAUUUCGCUCAUUAUGUUUAUGGAUUUAUUUGACCUUUAACCUGUGUAUGGAACCGACUCUUCAGUAGGAUACCGCCAAAUCAUGUGGAAAAUAUGAGUGAAGAAUUUCGGGAGCAUUACAUGAAGAGAUCCCAGAUCCAAGCCCGGUGUCUUCCCAAUGGGCAAUUAGGUCACCCAGUGCCUGGAAAGUGCUGCCAGAAUCAGGGAUGUAAACCACCUAUUUUCUCCAAAGCAAGAUCAAACCCAACACAUGGUCACGGUUUAAAUAAUUACCUGAAGAGACACACUAAACAAAACCUAAGGCCUGCUAAUUCAGAACAGCACCCAUUGAAAAACCAUAGGAAGGAGGUACUGACACAAUGGGAGGAAUCACAACUGACAGAGGUCAUGAAACAAAAACCAUGGAAGGACAUAAAAUGUAAAGAGAGGUCUAUGCAAUGGGAGGAGCUUGCACAAGGAGAUCAGGAAGAACAGGAAAAUAUACUAGAACAGGGGGAUGAGUUGGGCUGUGGAGAGGAGCUGGCACAGGGGAAUGGGUUAGAUUGGCAGGUGGGUUUAGAACCGAGGGAGGGAUUUAACUUACGUGAAGGACAAGGCUCAGCGAAGCUUCUCUCUGACUCCUACAAUAAAGUAGAGGAGGAAAUGCAAGGAGUGGAGGGACAGCUACAUAUGGAAGAGGAAAGGAAGGAAGUGUGUGUGAAUGGUAAAACAAGAUCACUUGUGACCCCUGUUGAUUCCAUGCUCUCAUCUACGUACUCAUUUCAUAAGCAAAUAGUGCACAAUGAUGGAAUAAACCAAAACAAAACUCGGACACUGGUAAAGUUGUCUGACAAAACAUAUACUAAUGACGUGUUCACUGAUCAAAAUUUUCUAAAUGGAUUUUACCCAAAUAAUAGUUACAUAAAUGGACUCAACACAGAUGCUUUGACCCCAGACCGAACUGACAUAGUCACCGUGUUCCCAGAAGCGUGUGAUGCAGGGGAGGCAUUGGCAGAUCCUGAUGGCUUUUCAGAGUGUGAUCUCUUUGAACACAAUAUUGAACCCUCUUGGAAGUCAGGGGUUGAAGAUGUGGGUGACUGCGGAGAUACAGUGAUGCUAUCUGUGGAAGAGGACUCAGAGAACUCGAGUGGAUCACUAGCUACUUUUGGGGAGGGGUGCAUUGAAGAGGUAGAGGAACAGGAACAACAGGAACAGGUGAAAAACCUUUCAUUGUCCAGAAAUUCUAAUUCAGAUCCAAAAGUUUAUCCAAAAUCUGAGAUAAAAGCUGAAACACUCUCUGAGUUUUCUGAUCAUAGCUUCUCUUCAUUCUGCUCAUCUGAGUCUGAGGUGACCUUAGAUGAAGUGGAAAGAACUGAGACCAAACAAAAUCAUGAAAAUGCUCAGGAUGGGCCAGAAACUGAGCAAGCUGUAUCAUCUGAGUUGAAAGCAGGUGACUGCAAUACAAGUUCUACACCAAGUGUGUCUUCCAUUGUUUCUCUACAAACUGAUGAGCAAAAGUCACAGCAGAAGCAAGAAGACAGUCAGGAUGGACAAGAGGUAGAAGGAGCAGACAUUCUAUGUGGUAAGACAGUUAUGGCAACAAAGAUGUUAGAAGAGCAUGUGUAUGAAGAAACUGAGCCAAAGUUCCAAACCAGAGACUUUUUGCAGACCAGGAAGUACUUAAUGACGCGUUCCAUAUCCGUGGAAACCCCCAGACUAGACCCACUGAGUACCACAAUAUCAGGAAAAGGACGUUUAAUGCUACACCCACAGUCAUACUACACACGACAUAAUUACCUUGGAGAUAGUUUGCCUGCUUUGACUGGUUCAUUAGGAUGUCUCUCACCAGGAAGUCCUUGCCCCCCUACUGUGGACAUACCACCUCCUUUUGAGCUGUCUUCCAUCACAAGACGACCAAUCCGAAAGAGUACACCUGCUCUGCCAAGUGAUGUGACUGCCUGUAAUAGGAAACUUGACUUUGGCCUUAAACGUUACUUCUUACCAUUACGGUUUCUGAGGAAAACUGAAAGAAGGACAGAUAGUCGCUCAGUGUCAUCUCGGUCCUCUUCAGAAUCAAGCCCACAGGGAUCUUGCCGGAGGUUAAAUUUAGUAAGGCAAUGUACAGAAAGCCCUGAGCUUCACAGGGCACAUGACAGUUCCGUACCAUCAUCCCCAUCUUCUCUUCGUUUACACAAGAACAUGCACAGGCAAGGUGUAAGCACUCCUUUGAAUAACAAUUUUGGGUCAGCUAGUCCCAACUCACGGGAUAUGUUAAGAGUGGAGUCAGAUGACUUGAUCCAUUCCCUUUUUGUACAGCCCUUCCCACUAUCCAAACCUCGGUCUUUCUCUUCCCCCAAUGUGGACUCGUCAAUUUAUGAGAAUGUUUUAAACACAAGUCCCCACUAUGAAAAUGUGCACGUCCGCCUCUUAUCACCCUCCAAUCAGAAUCAACGAAACCAGGGUUCAGCCAAUGACACUGACGGUUACGUGGAUAUGAGCAGCCUACCAAGCUUUCAGAGCAAAAGCUCAGCAAACGAGCAAGAGACAGAGAGUGCUUACACAAUCUGCUCUCCUAUGGUGAGGUCAGAUGGAACAAUGAGUGUAUCUGUAGGCGUAGGGUGUACAAAAGAGGAGGAGAAAAAAGCACCUGAAAGACUGACUGUUAAUUGUUCUAGAGCAUUUUACACUGUGAAAGAGCUGCUGGACAGCGAAACACAGCAUGUAAAGAUUUUAAGGCUUCUAAUUGAGACUGCAGGUGCAGAUGAGCAGCUGAUGAACCUUUGGAGUGAUUUACCUGCAAUUUGUUCACUCCACCAAGACCUCCACACUCAACUGGAAAGCCGUAUUAAAGAGUGGGAUCAGAAAGAAGGCAUUGCUGACAUCCUCUUGGCCAAGAAAGCAGAGUUUUCAGUUUUCUCUUCCUUUAUUAGCCAGCAUGACUCCAAAGUGAGGACUAUGGAGCAGAUGGAGAACACACAGCUGGACAUCAGUGCUCUCAAACAGCAGUUGCUGCAAGUGAUAGCGCGAGUCCUACAAUACCGCAUGCUUCUAACAGAUUACAAAAAUAAUCUUUCACUAGACGCCAGAGAGUAUGAGGAUAUACAAGCUGCUCUGGUGAUGGUCUCGGAUGUAGCUGAUCAGGCAAAGGACAGCCUCAAAAAUGGAGCAGAUCUCCUGCGUCUGAUCAGUAUCGAGCACAGUGUUCAGGGAUUAAAGAACCUGCUUCAGCCUGGGAGGGUGUUUGUGAAAGAGGGAACCCUGAUGAAGGUCAGCAGGAAGUGCAAACAGCCACGUCAUCUAUUCUUGAUGAGUGAUAUCAUGCUUUACACAUACCCCCAACAAGAUGGCAAAUACAGACUCAUUAACACUUUAGCACUGACAGGGAUGGAGGUUACUAGACAUUUGACUGAAAAUACUCAGAAUGCCUUGAAGAUUGAGGUGAAAGACAUUAGUAUCACACUGUUAGCAAGCUCUUCUAUUGAGAGGGAUGACUGGUUCGUUACACUGAAUCGGACUGUAGCUGACCUUGGCUCAUUAUUGAUAGAACCCCCUGGCUCUUUUGAGGUUGGGGAGAAGUCAGGGGUAUGUCUUGGGGAGAACGCACCGCCUCUUGUCUCCGUUUCCCAGGUAGCCGUGUGUAUGAACUGCCCCGUCCAUUUCAGCCUCACACACCGAAGGCAUCACUGCCAUGCCUGUGGAAAGGUUGUGUGCAGAGACUGCUGCAGGAACAAAGUCCCCCUCAAAUACAUGAAAAACAGGCGAGCCAAAGUGUGUAAUAAGUGCUACAGUGAGCUUUGCAAGAAUGAAGGUGAUACUGCAGUGCUAAUGGAAAGCUCCAGUCGUCCACUGUCUGCCGUUUUCCAGAACAUUCACCCAACAAGUCUGUGGAGGAGUCGCAAAGGCCACUUAUCCUUUAACCAGGUGACAGGAUCAGAGGGUGAGAUGAGUGGGACUCUGCAGAGGAGUCGAAAUAGUAAGCGAAGCUGGAGGAGUCUGUGGUUUCUUCUCAAAGAUAAAGUGCUUUAUACAUAUCCACAGCCUGAGGAGAGGGUUGCAUGUGAGUCCCUUCCUCUGCUAGGUUUCUCAGUAAAGUCUGAUAAUGAAGGAGAGAGCAGUGUGUUUCAGCUCUACCACAACACUACACUCUAUUACACAUUCAAGGCUCAGGAUACACACACAGCACAGAGGUGGGUGAGUGCCAUGGAAGAGGCCACAGUCCUCUAGCAGCUGCCAUCUACAGAGGGCAGUUAUCUUUUUCUGACUAUAAUACCAAAUGACUGUGGAAUCCAUGAGGACCGUAAUUUUUUCAUCCUACAGUGAUACACACAUCUUUGAUGCCAAAGCCAUACUAUGAAGAACAACACAGACGCAGUCCAGCAAUAACUGCAGGCAAACCUAAAGUCAAUAAAUACUGUAUUGUAUUUUUAAUUUGUUAUACGUUUGCAAUUGUUUAUACUGUAAAGCCCAGUACUGGAAAGAGUGCAAAACACACUAACUUGAGUAAAAAUGCUGCUACUGUAGUAAUAAUUCACUUAAGUAAAAGUAGUGAUGAAGAAAGUUACUGAAUUAAGAGUAAAUAAGUCAUCUGGUGAAAAACUACUUGAGUAAUUACUCUUACUUUUACGUACUUUUCCAAAUUACUUUUUUAUGUCAACAAUUAAAACAACUAAUAUGAAAAAGUUCUAUAUCUGAGAAAUGCCUUUUUGAACAAUCGUGUUAACUAACCAAGUGAGUUAUGCUGAAAUAAACACCACCUCUAUUAUCAACAGUGUAUAAAGAAAGGUAAUGUUAGCUGGCUAGCUACCUUAGCCAAAUGCUGUUGAGGUUUCUGUAGCUUGCUAGUUUCAUUAGGUAGCUGGCUCAUGUUAAUUCAUCGUGUUCCCAGCUACACAGUUAGCUAUCUAGCAAAGGUGCCCCUUACACAUUGAGCCUCAUUUAUUAAGCUGGAUGUGAAUGGAUUUAUUUUUAAAUCAUUCGUACAAGCAUUUACACAAGAAAUUUAGUAUUCACAAAAAUCCCAUAAAUUCAGAGUGUUUGUAAAUUUAUUUAUAAGAAGACUAACUAAUGUAAACCAGUAGUUGUAAAUCAUGAUCAGCUUCAAAUCAUAUAAUUUGCAAAGGAGUUACUGCAUUUUAAUAUAUGGAUUAUGCUGUCAAGUUUAAAUCACUUAUUUAUUUCAAUGACACACACAAGUUUUAAAUUUUUAUAAUCCUAUUGUUUCAUAUUAAUGGCAUUAAAGAAAUCUAAGAUGUAAAAAAAGACAGCAAGCCAACUCAAAUCGAUUUUAUGACAAAUAAGACUAAAAUACACACACGUUAUCUUUUUCUUUUUCUGAUUAUAAUACCAAUCAUGGCAAUCCACGAGGACCAUAUCUGUUUCUUCCUACAGUGAUACCUGCAUCUUUGAUGCCAAAUCCAUACUAUGAAGACCAACACAGAUGAUAUGGAAACAUAAAUCCAUCCAAACAUAAGCUUCUUGAUGAACUAAGAUGAACUAAUAUCACUAGAUAAGUUUUAUAAUGGGUUUAACUGUAAGUCCUAUUAUUCGUUAGCAAAGAAGGAGGCACAAAGCCGAGAAACACCAUAUCCUAAUUUCCUAAUGUACUAAUAACAUUUACACAUUAACAUUCUAUUUCCUUCUGAUGAAAUGUGUAGUUUUCUUACUUUUUUAUUGCUAAAAAUCAAACCAGUGCCAUGUCAAGACAAAUUAAGCAGUCACGAUUCAUACUCACUAUGAUGGGUCAGACGCUCUGUGAUUGUUUAGCUACUAUUUGCCAUUCAUUUCCAAACACAGAACCACAGCUGCAAGCUACACAAAUUGCUCUAUCUAUAUAUGAUUGCUGUUAAUUUGUCAGUUUGUUUUGUUUGCAUAUUUAUAAAUGUAAUUAUUUUAUGUUUUAUAUUAUUUGCAUUUUGUAGCAGGACCUACUGCAAUUGAGCCUUUUGGGUUUUCUAUAAUAAAUGAAAGGAUAAGCACUCAAAAAUCAAUUAGUCUACAUUAUGUGUAGUUCAUCAAAUCAUUUCUAUAAAUCUACAAUAAAGAUGAUUUGUAAGG